AUGGCUUCCCCUGAUAUUAUGUUGACUCACCUCAAGGAGCAAGAUCCUACCGUUGCAGAAAUUAUGAAGCAUGAGGCUGGACGCCAGCGUUCUUCCAUUGUGCUCAUUGCAUCUGAAAACUUUACUUCUCGUGCUGUUAUGGAUGCUCUUGGUAGUGUUAUGAGCAACAAAUACUCUGAAGGUUACCCCGGUCAUCGUUACUAUGGUGGUAACAAGUACAUUGAUCAAAUUGAAACUCUUUGCCAAGAACGUGCUCUUGCUGCUUUCAAUCUUGAUUCUUCGAAGUGGGGUGUUAAUGUUCAAUGUCUUUCUGGUUCCCCUGCUAACCUUCAAGUCUACCAAGCUAUUAUGCCCCCUCAUGGCCGCUUGAUGGGACUUGAUUUGCCUUCUGGUGGCCAUCUUUCCCAUGGUUACCAAACCGAUACCAAGAAGAUCAGUGCUGUCUCUGCUUACUUCGAGACUAUGCCUUAUCGUGUUGAUCCUAGCACUGGCAUCAUUGACUAUGAUACCCUCGAAAAGAAUGCCCAACUCUACCGUCCCAAGAUUAUCGUCGCUGGUACCUCUGCUUAUUGCCGUCUCAUUGAUUACAAGCGUAUGCGUGAGAUUGCUGACAGUGUCAAUGCUUUUUUGGUUGUUGACAUGGCUCACAUUUCUGGUCUUAUUUCCGCCGGUGUUAUCCCUUCUCCCUUUGAAUACGCUGAUGUUGUCACCACUACUACCCACAAGUCCCUUCGUGGUCCUCGUGGUGCUAUGAUUUUCUUCCGUCGUGGUCUCCGCAACCACGAUAAGAAGGGCAACCCUGUUUACUAUGAUUUAGAAGAGAAGAUCAACUUCUCUGUCUUCCCUGGUCACCAAGGUGGUCCUCACAAUCACACUAUUACUGCUUUGGCUGUCGCUUUGAAGCAAUGCCUUACCCCUGAAUAUAAGCAAUACCAAGCUCAAGUUGUUAAGAACGCUAAGGUUUGUGAGGAAGAAUUCCGUAACCGUGGUUAUAAGCUCGCUGCCGAUGGUACUGACAGCCAUAUGGUUUUGGUUGAUGUCAAGAGCAAGGGCAUUGACGGUGCCCGUGCUGAGCGUAUCUUGGAAUUAAUCAACAUUGCUACCAACAAGAACACUUUGCCCUCUGACAAAUCUGCUUUGUCUCCUUCUGGUAUUCGUAUCGGUACCCCUGCUAUGACUACUCGUGGCUUCAAAGAACAAGACUUCGUUCGCGUUGUCGAGUACAUUGAUCGUGCUAUCACCCUUGCUGCUGACUUGCAAAAGAGUCUCCCUAAGGAAGCCAAUAAGCUCAAGGAUUUCAAGGCUAAGUUGGGUGAGGGUAGUGAAAUUAACGAAGUUGUUCAACUUCAAAAGGAUAUUGCUGAGUGGGCUGAAAGUUUCCCUCUCGCUCAGUAA